CAGGAAGUAGCACUAGCAGGCUGUUGCAGUGAAACGAUCCGGAACUGUGUAGAAGAAUUGAAACUGUGAUUAUGAUGAGGCGAAAUUCUGUUUCUGUAUAUAAUAUUAUGCUUCUAGAGUGUUGACAUGCUUUUAUAAGAACGCGUUGUUGUUGUUAUAACCAAUUUGUUUGUGAAACAGCACUUAAAUAAGGCUAUUAGUCAGGAACCUGACAGAAACUUUACAUUUUCGUCGUCAAUCAUAGUCUCACUUUGUACAUGACAUUUUAACAUCAUGGCACCAAAGAAAUACACUUUACCCCGUCCACUUCCAGAAGGAUACAUUUUAACAGAUUCAGAAAAGAAGAGUUGGCGCAUCGGUAAAAUCAUUGGAAAAGGUGGUUUUGGACUGAUUUACUUGGCCUCUCGGGAUGUGAAUGUCCCUGUUCGCGAUGACACUGAUUUUGUGAUCAAAGUGGAAUAUCAUGAAAAUGGACCUUUAUUCUCAGAAUUGAAAUUUUACCAACGAGCAGCAAAGCCAGAUACUAUGAACAAAUGGAAGAAGUCCAAAAAGCUGGAGUUUUUGGGGAUUCCAACUUACUGGGGGUCUGGACUGACUGAAAGUAACGGAACAAGGUACAGGUUUAUGGUGAUGGACCAUCUGGGUACAGACCUGCAGAAGGUGUUUAUGGAGAAUGGUGGACAUUUGAAGAAGACUACUGUGCUACAGUUGGGUGUUCUCAUGCUGGAUGUGCUGGAAUAUAUUCAUGACAAUGAGUACGUCCAUGCUGACAUUAAGGCUGCCAAUCUAUUAUUGGGACACAAAGAUCCAAGCAAGGUGUACUUGGCUGACUAUGGUCUCUCAUACAGAUACUGUCCUAAUGGUGAACAUAAAGAGUACAAAGAGAACCCCAAGAAAGGACACAAUGGCACUAUUGAGUAUACAAGCAUUGACGCUCACAAAGGAGUAGCCCCAUCCAGACGAGGAGACUUGGAGGUGUUGGGCUACUGCUUGCUUCACUGGCAGUGUGGAACUCUGCCCUGGCUCUCAUCUCUUAAGAACCCAGCUGAGGUCCAGGAGGCCAAGGCCAAGCUGAUGUCUAACCUGCCAGAUUCUGUCGUGAUCAUGUCCACCUCCGGCUCCAGCACGGAGAUUACCAGGUACCUGUCCAUUGUGAAAAACCUUGGCUACAAUGAAAAGCCAGACUACCAGGCCCUCAGGAAGAUUCUGUCAGUGGCCGGGCCGCAAGGCCCAUUGGACUUCUCUAGGCCGAGACCGUCGGAGACAGCCAGGCCAGCCACACAAAGGGCUGCAAGCCAGCCCAAGACUACUGAGAAAAAAACAACAAGAUCAAAGCCUGUUGAUGAAGCCAAAGAUGAUGAGGAAGAGUUGGGCAGGUCAACACCAAACAAAGUUCGGAGCAAGACAAAACGAGAGACACACAAACCGAGACCAAACAAAGCAGACAUGGCUGCUAAAGGAAGCAUCAGACAAAGGCCUAUGCCUUAUCAAAGUGAUGAGGACAUCAGUGAUGAAGAUGAGCCCCUCCCUCCGCGAGUUCAUCCUAGAACAAGAGCAGGAGCCAGACAGAGACAGGAAUUUGAACAAGAAAAGAGGAACUCAGAUGUUUAUGAGGGCAAGACCCGGAUGACCAUGAGGGGAAGACAAAACCAUCACUACGAGAACCGGCAAACACAUGCUCUGAGUCUAAAAGAUGACCAUACAGUACUCAGCAGUGAAGUCGACUACUGGGGGAACUACAGCAGGAAACACAGCUGGAAUCAGAACCAGUGGGAAGAAACGGAUUAUGAAGGAAACCAAUGGGGAAGUGAUGUUUGUGGACAGGAAGAUGAAUGGACUCGGUACCAUUACAGAGAAGGAGAUGGUUUUGGGAAAUCAGAAAAUCAGGGUAAAUGGCCAAUCAAAAGAAUGUUGAUCUUCCUUGUUGUCAUGAUACUGACUGUUGUUGGUUGUUGGUAUUACCCUCACUGGAGCCGUAACACCACAUGACUGUUGUUAAGCAUUUCCUGUGACCAUUUUCACAGUGAUGGGCUGGGAAAAAAACAAAACAAAUUAGCAUGAAUUAUUUUUCAGUCAUUUUUUGCACUAGACACAUGAGCUAUAAGUUUUAACAAAUGUAUUUGUGGAUUUAAAUAAAGUGAUUUUUUUUAUGGUG